CAACUGUCCACACGUCAUUCGACGGCGAAGGACUGACGUGACGGUUUCGACGGCAGUGAAAUUUCAUUUUUUAGUGAAUGUGCUUGUGAAACGGUUUUUAAAAUGCAAAUUCCAAAUGAAUAUGUGUCCACCGCCGAGGACGUUGCAGAUCAGGUGAUACGCAAAGGCAAGAAUGUGCUUCCGACGGUGGCGCGCCUGUGCCUCAUCUCCACGUUCCUGGAGGACGGGCUCCGCAUGUGGUUCCAGUGGUCGGAGCAACGCGACUACAUGGAUAUGUCAUGGGGCUGCGGCAAGUUCCUCGCUACUAUGUUUGUUAUAAUUAACCUAUUAGGACAGCUGGGCGGCUGUGUGAUGGUGCUCGGCAGGCUGAAGGUGGACAUCGCUUGCGGAAUCCUCUUCUUCAUUGUAGUUCUCCAGACGUUCGCCUACAGUAUAUUAUGGGACAUGCAGUUCUUGCUCCGUAACCUGGCCCUGAUCGGUGCGCUGCUGCUGGUGGUGGCGGAGGCGCGGGCCGAGGGUCGCAGCCUGUUCGCCGGCGUGCCUUCCCUCGGGGAGAACAAGCCGAAGACCUACCUGCAGCUCGCCGGGAGAAUACUCCUCGCCUUCAUGUUCAUCACGCUGCUGAGAUUCGAAAUCUCCUUCUUGCAGAUCGUGCAAGACCUGUUGGGCAGUAUCCUGAUGAUCCUGGUGACGGUGGGCUACCGCACCAAGUUGUCCGCGCUGAUGCUGGUGUUGGUGCUGUCGGUGCUCAACCUGUACCACAACGCGUGGUGGGCCGUGCCCUCCUACAAGCCGCUCAGGGACUUCCUCAAAUACGACUUCUUCCAGACUUUAUCUGUGAUCGGCGGUCUCCUCAUGAUCGUGUACCUGGGCCCGGGCGGCGUCAGUAUGGACGAGCACAAGAAGAAGUGGUAGAAUCGGUCGGCAGUGUGUACAAUGUAUGCACAGUGAAAGACAUUUGAUAUUUUAAUCAUAAGAUGUUAUGGUGCGAAAGGAAAGAAAAAAUUCAUACAACAUUUGGUGGUUUUAUGUGACAAUCUGACUAGUCGGCGAUAGAAUGUGAACACUGAGCUUACUUCCAUAUCCUGUAGAAUGGCCGGUUGUGUUGUGGGCAGUUUGCUAGACUUGAUGUGUACACGGUCGAGGAAGGGAACUAAAUUAUCUUCAUGAAAGCAGGGACUUGUGUGAUAUCGCGUUUACUCUACUCCUAUGAAAUGUACUCUACUUUUAACAAUGCAUGACUUAAAUAACUAUGAAUUCCUAUAAUAAUGUUGUGUAUCUAUUAGGGAUAAGUUAAUUAUUUACCCUUAAGUACAAACUGCCCAUAACACAACUAAGCCAUUUGUAAGUAUAACACAAAAUUUUAUAGAAAACGAGUGCACGUAUUUUGAUAAUCAUUAAACUCAGGCCAAUGACCCUUCCUGCGUUAUAGUUAGCCGAAAUUAUAAACAAGGUAUGAUUUCAUCGUUGUCAAUUUUUAUAAUAAUAUAAGACUAGUAUUUACGUAGCACUGUUUAACUGAUAGUGUUGUGAAUUCUGUGUUUCGCGUGAUUGCGACACUGCGCGGCGAUGUUACAUAGUUACGUACGACUCUGCCGAAGUAACUCAUAUGCUAUGAGCAAAACAUUGUGCAACCAUGUUAAGGUUACGACACGCCGCGAGCGACAUGCUGUCCGAUUUUUACAAUAUGUUUUAUAAUGAAUAACAGUCGUGCUCGGCAUGAUGUAAGUUUAACAUUACCGACGCUGGUCGAUGCGUGCACAAAUAAUUUGCACGUAUUCGAACGUUGGUAGCUGCUUAUAGCUCGACGAAAAUAUGAAUAAGUCGCGUGUUCCGAGCGCGCGGUAACUCUCCGCCGGUGUCACUGUCUCGUGCGCCAAAACAAGUGAACUCCCUCCCUGUCCUUUGCAGAAGUGAUAUUUUCUUAGCGGAGUGGAACCUUCGCGCGUAAGUGUAUUUACUCAGACUGAACGUAGCCCGCUUUCAUUUUCUAUAGCGUAACAUUUUUCAUUCCGUAUAUUUUCUAAAUGUUGUGAUUCAAUGUAAAUAUUUAUAUAAAAAAUUAUAUAUAUUUUGUACUUACUGACUGAGUAACAGACAGCAGAUCUUUGAAUGUAAACGCAAUGCUCUUUUUGUUAUUUUUAAUAUUCCAGUAGCCAUAAGUAAAACUUUGGUCACCAUUCGGAGAUCUGGGCUUCUUUAUCCCUAUAAAAUGUAGUCAUAAAACAUUAAUAAUGAUUUGCUUUAUCAAAAGUAUUUAAAAGACACAUAUUUUUGUAUUAUUUUUAUUUAUUUUCUUAAGUUUGUUUGGCCAUAGAUAAUAAAGAUUCCUGAAAAGAUUGUUCCGAAUAAAUUUUUAUAUAAUAAA